AUGUCAGCAGGACGGCAGCCGUACAUACGGGUCUCGAUCUUUAUCAAAAGGAAACCUGGCACUUCGAGCGAAGAGUUUCACGCCCAUUGGUCCGGGAUACACGCCGACGUGGUUCGAAGCCUUCCUGGUUAUCUCCAACUCUGCAAACGAUACACCCAGGCAAGAAUUAUUUCACUCCUGCGCCCCCAAAAGGAUGAGAGAAGGGCUCCAGCUAAUUUGGGUUUUUUGGGGGGCAUCGAGCAGUUCCACGCCCUUCCCGAAUACCAAAACCAGGAGAAAGUCAUGGGCCUCCCGGUCCUUCCAUUCGAUGGCAUCGUUGAGAUAUGGAUAGAAAGUGUCGAUAACUAUGUCCAGCACGUAAGCCAGGAGAAUAUUGUCAAUGCACUUGCUGCCGAUGAACAGAAGUUCACGAAUCGCGAGGACGCUUUCAUCAUGAUUGGUUACGAGACACUCGAGAUUGGGGAGCCUGUGCCGGGUUUUGCCUAG